UCUGCGUGGAAUCCCUAAAGUGGCCUGGCCUUGACACUGGAGUGAUACCCCAGCCCUAGGCUGGGGUUCUUUCCAUUAUAGAGGAGAUGGAUUCAGAGGGUCUACAGACCAAGGUUGUUGAAAACCAGACAUAUGAUGAGGGUCCAGCGGUUAAUGACUCCGAAGAGGUUGCAAAUAUUUAUACUCCAACCCCAAGAUGCCAAGGACUUCCUUGUUCUGCCCAUCUUCCUAACAAGGCUAUGGUUGAUAACAGCAGUGAUGAGUAUGAAGAGAAAAAUAACAAGGUCCUAAGAGAGGGCAUGCCACAGCCUCCAGGAUACAGAGGCAAAGACAUGGGCCCUGUUCCACCUGCCCCUCCAAGUUCCAAAUGCCACCAGACCCCUUCUUAUGGACUUGAGAGGAUGGGAUGGUACAGAGAGAGCAAGAAGCAUAGAAAGGAGAAGAAGAAAACCUCACAGCUGACACCUCAAUGGGGCUUUAGUGAAAAUGAUGAUGAUGAUGAUGAUGAUGAUGAUGAGUAUUCAUCUGAAACUGAUUCUGAUUCUGAUGAUGAUGAUGAAGAGCAUGGAGCCCCUCUGGAAAUGGUUCAUAACCCUGCAGAUUAUGAGCAUUUGCCAGUUUCUGCUGAGAUCAAGGAACUCUUCCAGGACAUCAGUAGGUACACACCUCAGUUGAUUGACCUGGACCACAAACUGAAGACUUUCAUUCCUGAUUUUAUCCCAGCUGUUGGGGAUAUUGAGGCAGUCUUAAAGGUCCCACGUCCUGAUGGACAGCCUGACAACCUUGGCCUGUUGGUAUUGGAUAAACCUUCCACAAAGCAGUCAGACCCUACAGUGCCCUCACUCUGGUUAACAGAGAAUUCUAAGCAGCACAACAUCACAAAACACAUGAAAGUAAAGAGCCUGGAAGAUUCAGAAAAGAAUCCCAAAGCCAUUGACACAUGGUUUGACAGUAUCUCUGAGUUACACCGUUCUAAGCCCCCUGCGACUGUGCACUACACCAGACCCAUGCCCAACAUUGUCAUGCUGAUGCAGGAAUGGUCCCUGGAGUUUGAAGAACUUCUGAGCAAGGUAAGCCUGCCAACAGCAUGGACUGACUGCAGCCUGGCAGAGUACAUUGACAUGAUCUGUGCCAUUCUAGACAUCCCUGUCUACAAGAGUUGGAUCCAGUCCCUCCACCUGCUCUUUUCCCUGUACUCAGAACUCAAGAGCUCACAGCAUUUUAAAGUUCUCGCUGAAGGCAAGAAAGCAUUCACUCCUUCAUCCAACUCUACCUCCCAAGCUGGAGAUGUGGAGACGUUAAUCUUCAGCUAA